GCUAUUGAAGGCUUUGCACUGAUGGUAAAGAAAACGGCACAGACUCUGCAGUCAUUUGGGACUGAGCUGGCAGAAACUGAACUCCCAAAUGAAAUACAGGCCACAACCAUCCUUCUGAGCACACACACCAGCAAGAAAGAAAGAAUGAAGGAGGAUAUACUGGUGGCUCUGGGUCAGGGCAGCAGGCUGUUGGAGAGCAUCAAUGAGCCUGUAGUGCGAGACCCCGACCACAACAUGAACCAGGAUGAACUGGAGAAUCUGGCUACAGUUCAAAG